UCUGCUUUCCCCUUCCAUUGCCUUUGGCGGCCACAGACCCAGAGUGGGCACAUUCACACUCAAGACAGAAUAGAACAAAACGAGCCGUUUCUUCCAUUGGCUCAAACCCCGAACCCUAGAACCUAGAAGGUUCGCACCUGCUUGCCCUUCCUUUUCUAUUCUGCCUAUGUUUGAUUUCCGAGAAAAUAUAGUGAAGCAACGCAACCACUCAUAAGCUUUGUUCUUCGGGUUCUUCUGUUUCCUAAGCGCCCAUAUAAAUAGUAGUCAAGGAUAAUUUUUAAAUAAAAUAAAGAGUUUGGUCUAAAUGGGUAGUAAGAAAAGAAACUCCAGCUCUGUGGAGGAGGAGAUGGAGGAUCAUAAAGAUACAGUUGUUUUGAAUCCUUUGGAGAAGAAGAAAAUGAAGAAGGAUAAGAAAACAGAUGAAGCUUUGUCCGUUAAACCCAUGGAGAGAAGGAAGAAGAGGAAGGCAUUGGAUAAAGAGAGACGGCGAUCUGCAGCUUCUGAGAAUGAAGAAGAAUCCAAAAGGCCCAAACAAAUAGAGGCAGAUCUGGUAGAGGGUGAAGAUCGUGCACCAGUGGCACCUUCAUCGAAUAGUGGCUUGCCUGAGUUUCAUAUUGGUGUUUUUAAGGACUUGGCAUCAAUGGAUGGUAAAGUAAGGGAAGUGGCUGCUGAAGCAAUGGUGAGAGAGCUACAAGAAGUUCAGGAAGUGUACGAGAGGAUUGAUAAUAAGGACAAUGUUGAGGGUGGAUUGAAAUUGGAAGCUGAGAAGGAUGAUGGCUUGAAAAAUUGUGCUCCUUCUUUGAGAUAUGCUGUGCGCAGGCUUAUCCGUGGAGUUUCUUCAUCAAGAGAGUGUGCAAGACAAGGAUUUGCAUUGGGUUUGACUCUUUUAGUCGGUACCAUACAUAGCAUCAAACUGGACUCGUUGCUGAAACUUAUUGUUGAUUUGUUAGAGGUCUCAUCCUCGAUGAAGGGUCAGGAAGCUAAGGACUGUCUUUUAGGUCGUUUAUUUGCUUAUGGUGCUCUUGCCCGAUCUGGAAGACUAACUGAAGAGUGGAUUGCUGAUAGAAAUACCACAUACAUCAAGCAAUUCACCAGUAUUCUUAUUUCCCUUGCAACAAAGAAGCGAUACUUGCAAGAACCUGUAGUCUCAGUUCUUUUAGACUUAAUUGACAAGUUGCCCACUGAAACAUUGUUAAAUCAUGUGCUCGAAGCUCCGGGAUUGCAUGAGUGGUUUGAAGGAUCUGCUGAAGCAGGAAAUCCAGAUGCAUUGCUUCUAGCUUUGAAACUUCGAGAAAAUAUCUCCGUUGACAGGCCAAUAUUUGGCAAGCUUUUGCCUGAUCCGUUUAGCCCAAGCAAACUUUUUACUGCCAACCAUCUUUCCUCUCUUGCAAAUUGCUUGAAGGAAUCCACAUUUUGUCAGCCUCGAGUUCACAGCUUGUGGCCUGUUCUCAUAAAUAUUCUUUUACCUGAAAUGGUUUUGCAAGGCGACGAUGCUGCAUCAGUUUCAAAUUCAUUAAAGAAACACAAGAAGAGUCGAAAAUGUAGCUCUUCUGAAGAAGAAAUUACAAAGAACUUCCAAUGUUUCUGUGAAGUUAUUAUUGAAGGAUCCCUUCUCAUGUCAUCUCAUGACCGUAAACACUUGGCAUUUGAUAUUCUCCUUCUUUUGCUCCCUAGGUUGCCUGCUUCUUUUGUCCCAUUUUUCCUGUCAUACAAAUUUGUCCAGUGUCUAAUGGAUGUACUUUCAACAAAGGAUUCUUGGCUUUAUAAAGUUGCACAGCAUUUUCUUAAAGAAUUGUCAGAUUGGGUCAGAGAUGAUGAUAUCAGAAGAGUUUCUGUUAUUAUUGGCCUUCAGAAACAAAGCAAUGGAAGAUUUGACUGCAUCACGCGGACAAAAACAGUUAAAGAUUUGAUGGCUGGGUUCAGAACAGAAUCUGGUUGCAUGCUAUUUAUUCAGAAUCUAACGAACUUGUUUGUGGAUGAAGGUAAUGCUUCAGAGGAACCCUCAGAUCAGAGUCAAACAACAGAUGACAAUUCUGAGAUAGGUUCAAUUGAGGAUAAGGAUUUGGUCGGGACAGUUGGAAAUUCUGAUUUUCUGAAAACUUGGGUUGUAGAAUCUCUCCCCAGUAUUUUUAAAUAUUUGAAACUGGAUCUUGAAGCAAAGUUACGGGUGCAAAAAGAAAUUUUGAAAUUUCUAGCUGUUCAGGGCUUGUUCACUGCGUCUCUUGGCACGGAAGUGACUUCUUUUGAAUUACAGGAGAAGUUUAGAUGGCCAAAAGCAGCCACAUCAAGUGCUCUAUGCAGGAUGUGUAUUGAGCAGCUCCAGUUGUUGUUGGCAAAUGCUCAAAAGGGUGAGGGGCCACGAGCUUUGGCCAGUGGCCUUGAGCCCAAUGAUCUUGGGUCUUACUUCAUGCGGUUCCUUAGCACAUUGCGGAACAUUCCUUCAGUUUCCCUUUUUUGCACUUUGAGUAAUAAGGACAAAAACACAUUUGAAAAAUUGGAAGAAGUGGAGAAUAGGCUUUACAUAGAGGAAAGGAAUUGUGGGCUUAGUGCUGAUGCAAAUAAAAGGCAUGCACUGAGGUACCUGCUCAUCCAGUUGCUUCUGCAAGUGCUCCUUCGACCAGGAGAAUUUUCAGAAGCUGCUUCUGAACUUAUUAUUUGUUCCAAGAAAGCUUUUGCUGUUUCUGAUCUUCUUCCAUCCUCUGGAGAAGCUGAGAUGGAUGGUGAUGCAACACCUGAGUUGAUGGAUGUUCUUGUAGAUACAUUGCUUUCAUUGCUUCCACAGUCAUCAACCCCCAUGCGGACUUCUAUCGAGCAGGUUUUCAGAUACUUUUGUGAUGGUAUUACGGAUGAUGCACUGUUGCGGAUGUUGCGGGCUAUCAAGAAAACUUUCAAACAAGCUAGACAUCAGGAUGCAGCGAGUGAGGAUGAUGAUAGUGAUGAUGAAAACUUUCUUGGUAUUGAAGAAGAUGAGGAUGAUGAAGCUAAGGCUGGUAAAAUGGGUGAGAGUGAUGAGCAGACAGAUGAUUCUGAGGCUGUUGUUGGGGUUGGGGAAGUUGGCAAAGGAGUUCCUGAAGCUUCCCUUGUUUCUGAUGGGGAAAGUGAUGGGGAUGAAACUUCUGGUGAUUCUAAUGGAGGAACAUAUAAUGCUGUAUCUGUGGAAGUUGGGAAAGAAGCUCCUGAAGCUUCCGAUGACUCUGAUGGAGGAAUGGAUGAUGAUGCAAUGUUUCGGAUGGAUUCUUAUUUAGCCCAGAUUUUCAAGGAGCGGAAGAAUCAGGCUGAGAGUGAUAAUGCUCAUUCCCAGCUUGUACUAUUCAAACUUCGUGUCCUUUCAUUGCUUGAAAUUUACGUGCAUGAAAAUCCAGGUAAGCCACAGGUUCUAACAGUGUAUUCAAACCUAGCUCAAGCAUUUGUUAACCCACAAAUUGCUGAAGGUUCUGAACAGCUUGGACAGCGUAUAUGGGGGAUUCUGCAAAAGAAGAUUCUCAAAGCAAAAGAUUAUCCAAAGGGUGAAGGUUUGCAGCUAUCUACUCUUGAAUCUUUGUUAGAAAAGAACUUGAAGUUGGCAUCAAAACCAUUCAAGAGGAAGAAAUCUGCUGCUAACCCGUCGAAGAAGAAGCAAUCAGCUUCAUGGAACCGAUACAAAAUGGUUACAUCGCUCGCUCAAAAUUCAUCCUUCUGGAUUCUGAAGAUCAUUGAUGCAGGAAAGUUUCCAGAGGCCGAACUGCAGAAGGUUUUUGAUAUUUUCCAGGGUGUUUUGGUGGGAUUCUUCGAGAGUAAAAAGUCUCAAAUCAAAUCUGAAUUUUUGAAAGAAAUAUUUCGAAGAAGGCCGUGGAUUGGGCAUCAUCUCUUUGGCUUCCUAUUGGAGAAAUGUGGCAGCACUACGUCAGAAUUUCGGCGAGUGGAAGCACUAGAUUUGGUUGCUGAGAUAUUAAAAUCUCUGGUUUCCACUGAUGAAAGUGGCCAAGAUGCAUUAAAGAAAAUUGUGAAAAACCAUCUGCAUAAACUCUGUUAUCUGGUAAAGGAGUUAGUGACCAACAUGCCCGAAAAACAGUCAAGGCGAGCCGAAGUACGGAAGUUUUGUGGCAGGGUCUUUCAGAUUAUAUCGACCCUUAGCUUGGCCAGGUCUUUUCUUAAAAAUUUGGACCCAGAUGCUCAUGCUGCUUGUGAAUCUCAACUUGGUGAGAACUUCGUUAAUUUGAAAACUGGAAAGGUAGCACUAUAAAGAGAAGAUAUAGUGAGAAGGCUUGAUUAACUGAUUUGUUUGUGUCUGGCACGCUCCUCAGUCAUCACAUCAAGUGGUUGAAAGCAGUAUGUUCAGUCAUCGACCACGAAAGAAAUCUUGUUGCAGUACUCUUAUGGUCGCAUUUUGGCCUGGGCUCCGCCGUGAGCUUCUCUAACCUGGAAGAUUUUAUAUCCGACAGAAUCCGAUGUUGGUGGAAUUUUGAAGUUUUGUCUGCAUUGAGUAUUUAUUUUGUUUGUUCUCUGAUUAGUGUUCAUAUGGGAACAGUUUGAUUAUUAAUCAGAAAACAUUAGAAUUUAUUU